CCUCGCAGUUUUGCUUUCCCCUCUCUCUGCAAAUCUUUUCGACGCCUUGUUUUCCCCUUCGCGUUCUCGAACCCUAAGUCAUUUUUCUUUCCCUUUCCUGCGUGACAGGAAGGGGUACCGUCUCCACUAGAUCUUCCUCCACGACAGUGUGCUCUCUUCUCUUCUUGGUGAGCGGGUGCCUUGACUACGAAGAGACGCAACUCACCGUUGCCCCGCCCAGUGCCACUAGAUCUAACCCCGAAAGGAAGCGAGGCCCGUCGAAUGACCCUUGCCCCUCCUAUUCCUCUGAAGGGGAUCAAGUGGUGGGAUGGUCGCCGAGAUCGUUCCGGUGAAACACUCUCAAGAGUUUCACCUACAUGAAGGUGGCCAUCGACAGGGUGCCCUACCUUCGUAAGGUUGACAUAGAGGCCUCCGCUGGAUACCAGCAGUUGCUCACUGCCCUCGAGGAGAUGUUCUCUUGCUUCACUACCCAUAAGUUUUCCAUUCCUCUCUCUCACCCAUCUCUAGGUCGUAUCAAUACUUACAUGUAUAUAUAUUCGCCAUUGUCAUUCGGCAUCCUAUUGCUUUGUUUGGGAUCUCUUCCUUUUCGAUAAAUUGGAAGGGUUCAUGGAAUUUUGUUCCUAAUUGCCGUAGGAAAUUAUCCCAAUGAGAGGAGGCUAGUUGAUCCUGUGAGUGGGAUAGAGUUUGUGCCGAAGCAUGAGGACAAAGAUGGUCGUUGGUGAUGUUCCCUGGAAGAGCUUGAAAUUGUUCAAUUCAAACAAGGAAAGGAAAGGGAAAAAGAAGCCUACGUGGGAAGUUGUAAAGGGUCCUCGACAACCUGAUACAAAACAAUGUGGGCUUUAUGUGAUGAAAUUUAUGAGAGAAAUUAUUGAAGGAAAUGCUACCAGCGCGAAGGAUUCACUUAUCUCAAUGUUCAUGAAAAUAAUUUACUCUAACGAAGAAAUUGAUGAAGUGCAAUCUGAAUGGGUGGAUUGCGUACUAGACUAUAUUCAUUACUAGGUACGUAACUCGGGCAAUCCGUGAGGCUUGAGAUUUUGGAUGCAAGGAGUGAGCUUUGUUAGGUUGUAGAUUGCCUUGCUAAUGUGUAAAAGUCAUAUGGAGAACAAUAAUGGAAAACAUGUGAUUUAUGGUUUGAUACUACUAAGUUUGAUGAGUACAACUC